AUUUGGCGGAAGGCCCGCCAGAUUUGGUGUGGGUCUAAACAAAUUUUUUUAUAUAUAAAACACGGGUAAAUAAUGAGGGCAUUGUAAACCAGGCCGAUGAGUAGGUGUUGAUGUUGUUUUUUUUUGCCGGUCAUUUGCCGAUUUCAAGACUGGAACAACAUAACUGAAGCAGGUCGGCCUGUUAUUUCUCUGUGGGUGUUGUGUAGGAGAUUUGCAGACUUUCAUGGAGAUGCAGGAUUUGUGAGAUGAGAUGGAUUGUGAUAUGUUUCAGGCCAAGUAGGCCUAUAGCAACUUUCAAGAUUUUGUGACUAGUAGUUGUGUUACAUAAUGGUGGAGCAAAUGCAAUCCCAACAGAAAUGCAAUGGACCAGGUGAAGGCAGGAAAAGAGUUAGGAACAAUGUGUUCAUGCCCAUCAGUGAAAGAAAUGCUGAACCAAAGGAGCAUCUGAAAGUGCUGGAGGGGCAGAUGUGCACAUUGUUAUGUAGCAUCCGUGCCCAGCACCAAGCAUUGGAGAAUGCUCAUUCUGAACUGGAAGCUGAGAGAAAUGCUUCUGCAACUGCUAUUGACGAGGCUAUGAAUAUGAUUUCGAAGUUACAGGCAGAGAAAGCUCGGUUAGAGUUGGAAGCCUCACAGUUUCAAAGAGAAGCAGAGCAGAAAAUGGCAUUUGCUGAACAGGCGUUGGCUUUUUAUGAGAGUCUUCUGCUUUGUGCAGAUGAGGAGAUCAAGUUUCUUCAGUCUGAGAUCCAAACCUAUAGGCUUAGAUAUGGGAUCUGUGAUAAUGAAAGUACUGGUAACGUUCCUUCCUUGCCUGUGAGAGCUGAUGCACAAACGGUGGAAUGUUGUGAGUCUGAUAGAAUGAAGGUCCCCUUUACUCCUGAGGAUUUUGAUGGAAGCAAAGGCAAAGCUCCAAUGAGUUCGUCUCAGAAUGAAGCCUUAAACCAGGAUUUUUCUGCUCAAACUGAAAAUCUAGAGCACGGGAACCAGGAUUAUGUGGGUUUACAAGACGAAACAUUUGAUAAAGAAUGUGUGGAAUAUGAAAAAUAUGAGGUUACACUUGAUGAUAAUCUUUCAGCAUGGGAUCAAUUUCAGGAGCAAUCUGAUGCUCUCCACUGGAAACUGGCAGAGGACGACUCCAUUAUAGGUAAGGCAGGGAUUGUAUGUAAUCCAACAGGUCUCAGAACAAGAGAAGAGGACCCUCAAGAAGACAUGGAGUUGAUAAAGCAUGUGAUUGCUCCAGUUCAGGACAAGGUGGCUCAAGAAACAUUUGAGACAAAAGAAGAGCCCCCAGUGAUUGUGAAGAGACCACCUUAUCCAAAAAGUGCAGCAUUAGCCUCAUUCACAAAGGCAUUGAUAGUGGGGCUGUUUUUGGGAUCUUUGAAGAAUAUGAUUGCAAAUAGAAGAAAAAGAUGCUAGUUGAUUGGAAAUAAAAUCAGAUGCUAGCAGUUUGAAGAAUCCAUUAUAGUUGAAACAAUCUCAAGGCUCAAGGGAUUCACAUAAACUUGGCAUUUGUACACAUGGAAGUAUCAUAUCAUAGGAGAGGAAAGCCCAUCAAGCACAGUUAUACAAUCUGGUACUUUCAUUAUUCUAUAUGAAUACCACUGGUAAAACAUGGCAUGUAAGGUCUUUUACACUGAUGUCUUUCUAUGUAAUUUCUGUGUGGAUUGAUAUCACUGUUUCAUUUUGUUGUGAUGUAUUUUGUUAGGUCUUAUACAGCAGAAAGGCAGAACACUUUUUCAUGCUCCAUCUGAUUGAUAAAACUUCAUGCAAAUAAAGUUUUAUAACUUGGUGCAAUCA